CAAAUUCUUGCUACCCGGUGGCUGUAUGAGAGAAGACUUUGUUGUUUGAUGACCACAUGAUCUGUGGUAGUUGUCACAAUUUGUAUAACACUGAUUUAAACCCCCUUCUCUCUCUCUUUCUUCUUCUCUUCUCUUCUUUCUUCCUUUUUCUUCCUUAAUAAAAUACAAUGUCUGGAAACAACAUUAAGGUCGUAUGUCGUUUUCGUCCUCAAAACUCACUUGAAAACAGAGAAGGUGGUGUUCCAAUUAUUUCCAUUGAUGAAGAAGGAACCAAUGUACAAUUAAAGGGCGAAGCAACCAAUAACUUUGCCUUUGACAAAGUGUUCGGAAUGAAUACACCACAAAAAGAUGUAUUUGAGUACUCCAUUAAAAGCAUUGUCGAUGAUGUCACCGCUGGUUAUAACGGCACUGUUUUUGCUUACGGUCAAACUGGUUCUGGUAAAACCUUUACAAUGAUGGGUGCUGAUAUUGACGAUGAGAAUACAAAGGGUAUUAUUCCUCGUAUUAUUGAACAAAUAUUUACAAGCAUCAAUGACGCACCGAGUAAUCUUGAAUUCACUGUGAAAGUGUCUUAUAUGGAAAUUUAUAUGGAAAAAGUGAGAGAUUUAUUCAAUCCUUCUGCUGAUAAUUUGGCCAUUCACGAAGAUAAGACACGCGGUGUUUAUGUGAAAGAUUUAUGUGAAAUUUAUGUUUCCAAUACAGCUGAGGUGUAUCUCGCCAUGAAGAAUGGUAGUAGUAAUCGUGUUGUAGCCUAUACAAACAUGAACGCCGAGAGUUCUCGUUCUCAUUCCAUUGUUGUGAUCACAAUCACACAAAAGAAUUUAGAUACUGGAGCUGCAAAAAGUGGUAAACUCUAUCUUGUCGAUUUGGCUGGUUCAGAAAAAGUUGGUAAAACAGGUGCAUCCGGCCAAACAUUAGAAGAGGCUAAAAAGAUUAACAAAUCACUAACCGCACUUGGUAUGGUCAUCAAUUCUUUAACCGAUGGAAAAUCCAGCCAUAUCCCUUAUCGUGAUUCCAAGUUGACACGUAUCUUGCAAGAAUCACUUGGUGGUAAUUCUCGUACUACUUUAAUCAUUAAUUGUUCUCCUUCUUCAUACAAUGAAGCAGAAUCUAUAUCCACCCUUCGAUUUGGUAUGCGUGCUAAAUCCAUCAAGAAUAAAGCCAAGGUUAAUGCUGAUCUAUCUCCUGCUGAACUCAAGGCACUUUUAAAAAAAGUCAAAUCAGAAACAAUUACUUUCCAAACAUAUAUUGCUGCUUUGGAAGGUGAAGUUUCAGUCUGGCGUAACGGAAAAACCUUGGCCGAAGAUAAAUGGGUUUCGCUGGAUAAAAUUAAUAAAGGUGACUUUAAUGCUCUACCUCCUGCCUCAAAUUUUAAAGCUUUAUCGGUGGCCGAUGAUUCUUCUCGUCCUACAACACCCUCUGUUGUACUUGAGAAAGAUGAGCGUGAAGAAUUGUUAAAGCGUGAGAAUGAACUCAUGGAUCAAAUAGCCGAAAAGGAAACCGAACUAGCAAAUCGUGAAAAAUUACUAGAGUCGUUGAAGGAAGAAAUGGGUUACUACAAGGAGCAAGAGGCUGCUGUCACAAAAGAAAAUCAACAAAUGACCUCUGAAUUGAGUGAGCUCAAAUUGCAACUUCAAAAGAUUUCUUAUGAAAGUAAAGAAAAUGCUAUCAAUGUAGACUCUUUAAAGGAAGCCAAUCAAGAGUUGAUUGUCGAACUAGAAGAGUUAAAGAAGAACCUUGUCGAAGUCCGAUUAGCUCACAAGGAUAGCACAGAUAAUGAAAAAGAAAAGAAAAAGGCUCAAAAAUUGGCCCAGAUCAUGUUUAAAUUGGAUCCAUCUAGCGAAAUAAACGAAAAAGAACGUCAAAUUCGUGAUUCUCUCCAUAAGAUUGAGACUGAGGGCCAUGGAUCACUCAGUUUAGAAGAGCUUGUCUCUCUUCGUCGAGAUUUAGUGGAUUCAAAAAUUUUGUUAGAUCAGCAUGCAAAGACAAUCACAGAUAUCACACAAGAAAAGGAGAUACUUGACAAGAGAAAGUUGGAAUUAGACGGUCGCUUAGGUAAACUUGAAAAAGAAUACGAAGAACUUUUAGACAAGACCAUUGCUGAAGAGGAAGUUUCUGCACAAAAAAAUGCUGACAUGGAACAAACUCUCACCAACUUGAAGAGUAAAUUAGAGGCACAAUAUGCAUCCAAAAAAGAGAUGCAGGAAAAAGAAGUGGAGGAUCUCAAGACAGAGAUUUCAACAAAGAAUGACAAUCUUCACAAACUCACAGCAUCUUUAUCGGAGCUUAAGGAUGCCAACGAUCAACUUCAACUUGCUCUUUCUGAUCAACCUAUGCAGAAUCAAAACGGUGAUUUGACAGAACGUGAAAAAGAACUAGAGCGUAUGCGCAAGAGCAUGGCUAAGGAAUUAGCUGAUUUUGAAACCAUGAAGAAGGUUUUGAUGCGUGAUCUUCAGACCCGUUGUGAAAAGGUCGUUGAACUUGAAAUGUCAUUGGAUGAAACCCGUGAACAGUACCAGAAUGUUUUAAGAGCAAGUAACAACAAGGCACAACAAAAAAAGAUGGCAUUCUUGGAGCGUAAUUUAGAACAAUUAACAAAUGUUCAAAAGCAGGUAAGAAUCAUACAGGUGCAUGCAUAUCAAAAAUUUACCCUUUUCUUUUUCUUCAGCUUGUAGAACAGAAUUCCUCCUUAAAGAAGGAAGUCGCUAUAGCUGAACGUAAGCUUAUUGCACGUAAUGAGCGUAUCCAAAGUCUUGAAACUCUCUUACAAGAUGCCCAAGAUAAAUUGAUUAACCAAAAUCAAAAGUUCGAAGCCCAGCUUCAAGCAGUUCGUGAACGUCUUGAGCAAGCACGUACCCAAAAAUCUCAAUCUCCCAUGUCGUUAAACUUUGGCCGUGUCGCUAAACCUCUUCGUGGAGG